AUGCCUAAAGUUAAACAAAAUUUGUCAAAUCGGCUCCAAACCUAUGUUAAUUUAUAUGGUCCUAAAAUUUUUUCAAUUGAUAAAAGUGUAUUAUUUUGUAAAAUCUGUGAAGUCAAAGUUAAUUCUGACAAAAAGUUUAACGUAUCACAACAUAUAAAAAGUGACAAACAUAUCAAAGGCCUUGCCCGAUAUGAAAAUCAAAUAAAUCGACAACAACAGCAGUUAUUGACAGUGACAAGUAAUAUUAGUAAAAAAUCGUCAUUUAAUAAAGAUUUGUGUGAGGCUUUUAUUUCUGCUAACAUUCCUUUGAACAAGUUAGAAAACCCAAAAUUCAAAACAUUUUUGGAAGUGUAUACAAAAAAUGAUAUUCCGAGUGAAUCCACGUUGCGAAAAGGAUAUGUGGAUGAUAUUUACAAUGAGACCAUGGAUAAAAUUAGGAAAAUAAUUUCUGACAAAAAAAUUUGGGUCAGUAUCGACGAGACCACUGAUGUACAGGGUCGUUACAUUGCAAAUGUAAUAGUAGGCACUCUUGAGGAAAAUAAUGCAGGCAAUAUGUUUUUACUUAAUUCGGAGGAACUAGAAAAAGCUAACCACUCCACAAUCAGCAAACUCUUUGAUAGAUCAAUGAGCAUAUUAUGGCCGGCUGGUAUCCAACAUGACAAUGUCCUUUUAUUUUUAUCCGAUGCCGCACCUUACAUGGUUAAAUCAGGAGAAGUACUAAAAAGCCUAUACUCAAAAAUGAUUCAUGUAACAUGUGUUGUGCAUGGACUGCACAGAGUCGCAGAAGAAGUUAGAAAUCAAUUUCACAUAGUAGAUAAAGUUAUUUCAAGUGUAAAAAAAAUCUUUAGAAAAGCCCCAAGUCGUUUACUUGUAUUUAAAUCGGAAGCGCCAAACUUACCCUUACCUCCGGAGCCAAUUAUCACACGUUGGGGAAGUUGGAUUAACGCAGCAAUUUAUUAUUGCGAGAAUUUCGGGAUAAUCCACCGUGUUAUUUUUAUGCUAGACAGAAACGACGCAGUUAGUAUUAAAGAUGCUCAAGAUAACAUAAUAAAACCUGGAUUGGAAAACAACUUAACGUAUAUUAAGUCGAACUUUGCCAAAUUAACUUUGGCUAUUGAACAAUUACAACGGCAACAUAUGCCUUUAUCGGAUUCACUAAAAAUAGUUCAAGAUAUUCAAAAAUCAUUUGAAACAUUAAGUGGUCCAAAUGGAAAAUCUGUUCAAAAUAAAUUUAAUCAGGUACAAGAAAAAAAUCGUGGUCUCUUGGCGUUGGUAAAAAUAUCACAAGUUCUAACGGGUGAAGAGACAUUCCAAAAUUUAGAUGGUCUUCCUGAAGACUUAAAUUGUAACGACUUAACAUUUUUUAAGUACGCACCCGUGACGUCUGUCGAUGUAGAGCGGUCAUUCUCGACAUACAAAACUCUACUAUCAAAUAACCGUAGAUCAUUCAAAUUCGAAAAUAUAAGAAAACAUCUUAUUAUUCAGUGCAAUUCUUAA